CUUCAGAAAGGUCUUGAGCUGGAGCGGAGGACGAGGAAACACCAUUUGGAGAGCCAUGUCUUCGACGCAGAGCACAGAUGAGCUGCUCUUCGUGGGGAAAAAGGAGGAUCUGAUCUCUGCCCAAAGAACUGUCGUGAGUCUGCAGGGACGAGACGUGCUCAUCAUCUACCACGAGGGAGAGUUCUACGCCAUCGACUCCUACUGCUAUCACUCCGGGAGCUCUCUGGAGACCGGGGACAUUGAGGAGCUGAACAACAAACUGUGCAUCAUCUGCCCCAAACACAAAUAUAAGAUCAGCCUGUGUGACGGGGAGGGGCUGUACCGAGCACGUGACCGCAGUCAGUCCCCGCCCCCUCUGCGCUGGUUCUCCAAAGGUGUGAAGCAGAGGGUUCAUCCCAUCACCGAGAUCCAGGGGGAGCUCUACCUCCGCCCCGCCACCUCUGGCUAUAUCGAAUCUGACUACUACCAGGGCGAGCAGGGGAAAGUGGAGAGAGAGAGGGCGGCAUUGGCGGACAAAGGGGGGGGGCGGGGGGAACGGGGGGUCUCAUCCCCCUCCUUCUGUGCGUCUGGCAGAACCUCUGAUCUUCAGGCCAUUCUUUGUGUGAUCGACGAUGUUUCAGAGCUUCAUCUACAUUGCAGCCAUGAACUGACAGCCCACCAUGGGGUUCUCCUAUCACAAGAAGUCAGCUCUUAA